CGUACGUACUUCCGUUGCUCUGACGCUCCCAGAAGCCGGGGCGUCGGGAGGGAGAGCGCGAAUUCCCCUUCCUCUGCGUCUCCCGAGGAGAAAUUGGAGCGGGGUUCGCGAGACUGCGCCGCAGUGGGCGCGGCGCGGCGCGGAGCCGGGUGCCCUGCGCGAGGGUGUGGGUCCGGCGGGCAGCGGCGCCAGCCUCGGACUAGCGACUCCAGGGAGGGCGGGCUGCCUCCGGGAGGAGUCUGAGCCGCCCCGGGGCGCCUCAGCCAACCCGAGCGCCUUCCUCUGCUGCUUGGCGGGGCGUCCCCGCACCCACACCCGCAGCUCCGGGCUUGUCACUUCUGCGCCGCCUGGAAAGGGGACCGGACCGGGAGCGCUCCGGGGAGUCGUCAAAGAGGAUGCCUGGGUGUUGGCUCUGUUCCUAAGCUGCUUGCUGGCGCUGGCGAGGAAGGCAGUCGGGAUAACACCGCCCAAACUUUCCUUCGCGCAGCGUCGGGAGGAAACCUCCCUCUCUGAGGUUCGCGGAGAGCCAGAAGGAAGACUCGGAGCUCCCGGAGGGGACGGGGCCGAGCCUGCGCAGGAGGGCGCGCUCGGAGUUCCUGGGAGCCCUAGACGUGCCCUAAGGGACAGGACUAGUUGUUGGCGUGCGCCCUAGUCUAAGGGAGGUCCGGCGGACGCAGCGUCUCCACUCCUGCGCCCCUCACUGACCGUGGCCUCUGCGCGCUCCCUGCGCACGUGCUCGCGGCCGGGGACGAGGAAGGUCCGGCGGAACCCGCUGGGGGCAGGGAUUCGCGGGCAGGCCCAGGGCGCAUGGAGGCGCCGCGGGGGCGGUGCGGCUCACCAGCUGUGCGGGGGAGCGCGCACGCUGCGCCCAGGCCUCCCCGGGGACCCGACCGGCCGCUCCCCGCACUUCCUGCCGCCGGGCUCCGGGCAGCGGGCGGUCACUCCGAUUGCAGUGCCCGCUGAGUGUCGUGCCUGGCGGUGUCCCUGGACCCCCCGCGCGGGGCGGUGUGGGCAAGCGGCGGGACAGGUGUAGCUCGCAGCCGCGGGCGCCGCGUUCCGAAGGACUGGGUGGGCUCGGCUGGAGGGGAGUUGACUCCCGGGGCCCAGAACUCCGGUCUUUGCCGCGCAGGCCAGUCGGUGCGCUACUUUGCAUCGCCGCGGCCGGAGCCUCGGGCCGCCAGUCGGGGUGAAGGAAGUCUUGGCGGAGCCCCGUUCCUCGGCGGCCGCCCAGGCGCGAUCCUGAUGCCCGCUGCCUGCGGCGGGCCCCGCUCCGGCCCCGGGACCUAGGCAGCUGCGCGCGGCCGCCGCCGGCGCCUCCCCCAUGCUGCUCGGAGCGUCCUGGCUGUGCGCGUCCAAGGCGGCCGCCGCUGCUGCGCAGAGCGAGGGCGACGACGACAGGCCGGGUGAGCGGCGGCGGCGGCGGGCGGCGGCCACGGCCGCGGCGGCGGGCGAGGACAUGGACGAGUCGUCGCUGCUGGACCUGCUGGAGUGCUCGGUGUGCCUGGAACGGCUGGACACCACGGCCAAGGUGCUGCCGUGUCAGCACACCUUCUGCCGCCGCUGUCUGGAGAGCAUCGUGUGCUCGCGCCACGAGCUGCGCUGCCCUGAGUGCCGCAUCCUGGUCGGCUGCGGCGUGGACGAGCUGCCCGCCAACAUCCUGCUGGUGCGCCUGCUGGACGGCAUUCGCCAGCGGCCCCGCGCAGGUGCCAGCCCCGGCGGAAGCCCGCCCGCGCGCCCCGGCCCCGGGUCAGGGGCGGCCUCCGCGCUCGCGGGUGGAGGGGGCAGCGCGGCGGGCAGCGCCCCGGGCUCCCCGGUGUUUCUCUCUGCCGCGGCGGGCAGCGCCACCGCCAGCCUGCGUGAGCUAGCGACCGGCAGGAGUGCGCCCGUGGCAAAGACUCUUUCCCAGCUUCCCUAUGGGAAAGCUCUCUACAGUUAUGAGGGGAAAGAACCCGGCGACCUCAAGUUCAGCAAGGGCGACAUCAUCAUCCUGCGGCGCAGGGUGGAUGAGCACUGGUACCAUGGGGAGCUGCACGGGGCUCAUGGCUUCCUGCCGGCCAGCUACAUCCAGUGCAUCCGGCCCUUGCCACAGACCCCGCCCCAGGGCAAAGCACUUUAUGAUUUCGAGAUGAAGGACAGAGACCAGGACAAGGACUGUUUGACCUUCACCAAGGAUGAGAUCCUGACUGUCAUCAGAAGAGUGGAUGACAACUGGGCAGAAGGCAUGCUGGGAGACAAGAUUGGGAUCUUCCCCCUGCUGUAUGUGGAGCUCAAUGACUCAGCCAAGCAGCUCAUUGAGAUGGACAAGCCGUGCCCAGCUGCUGCAUCUGGCUGCCAUGCCUCCUUGCCCUCUGACCCUGGCGCGGCAGCCAGUGUGGCCCCAGGACCCACGUUAAGCAGCACUGGGGCAGUCAGUGCCUUUCAGCGGCGUGUGGACAGCAAGAAGAAUGCCAAGAAGCGCCACUCCUUCACUGCGCUCAGUGUGACACACAAGUCCUCCCAGGCCACCAGCCACAGGCACUCCAUGGAAAUUAGUGCUCCGGUCUUGAUCAGCUCCAGCGAUCCCCGGGCUGCAGCCAGGAUUGGUGACCUGGCUCAUCUGUCCUGCAGUGCUCCUGCCCAGGACUCCUCCUCCUCGGCCGGACCCGCCCCAGCGGCUGAACAGCAAGGCACAGCUCCCAAAGUCCAGCUGCCCCUCAACGUGUACUUGGCGCUCUAUGCUUACAAGCCCCAGAAGAACGACGAGCUGGAGCUGCGAAAGGGCGAGAUGUACCGCGUCCUAGAGAAGUGUCAGGACGGCUGGUUCAAGGGGACAUCCCUGAGGACUGGAGUGUCUGGGGUGUUCCCAGGAAACUACGUGACGCCCGUCUCCAGGGCUCCGGUAGGAGGGGCUGGGACACCCCGGAAUAAUGUUGUUGGAGGGUCUCCACUGGCCAAAGGGAUGGCCACAACCAUCCACCCAGGUGGUGGAAGCCUGAGCAGCCCAGCCACUGCCACGAGGCCGGCCCUUCCCCUCACCACACCCCAGGCCCAGCACCAGGCGGUCGCCCCCCCAGUGGGCAGUUGUCUGCGGCACACAGCCCAGCCGGCCACCAGCCAAGCCCGGGGCACCGUCCCCACAGCUGCCCACUCCUCAGCCCAGGCUCAGGACCGACCAACAGCCACCGUGUCGCCCCUGCGCACCCAGAACUCCCCGUCCCGCCUGCCCACCGCCAGCCUCAGGCCCCACUCCGUGGUGUCCCCACAGCACAUCCACCAGCCCCAGGUGCAGACGGUCAUCGGGGCCCAGUGCCCCCGGCCGGCCAUCCCGCUUACGUCUGCAGCGUCAGCCGUCACACCUCCCAAUGUCAAUGCCGCCAACCUCAACGGGGAGGCUGGAGGGGGGCCUGUCAGUGGCCUGUCGACAUCCAGCCCCACCAACACAGGAUGCAGACCAGAUGAGAAAAAAAAUGAGAAGAAAGAGAAGAAAAGUGGGCUGCUGAAGCUUCUUGCUGGGGCGUCUACCAAGAAGAAAUCUCGCUCCCCACCAUCCAUUUCUCCAACCCACGAUGCCCUGGUGGCAGUGGACACCUCACUCCAGGGUGCCGUGGGACCCGAAGUAUCCUCACUGUCCAUCCAUGGCAGGGCAGGGUCCUGCCCCAUAGAGAGCGAGAUGCAGGGUGCAGUGGGGAUGGAGCCACUGCACAGAAAGGCAGGCUCCUUGGAUCUGAACUUCUCCUCAUCUCCCUCCAGGCAAGCGCCUCUCUCCAUGGCUGCCAUCCGUCCGGAGCCCAAGCCUUUGUCCAGGGAGAGGUACCGCGUGGUGGUCUCUUACCCUCCCCAGAGCGAGGCAGAGAUCGAGCUGAAGGAAGGUGACAUUGUCUUUGUGCACAAGAAGCGUGAGGACGGCUGGUACAAGGGGACCCUGCAGAGGAAUGGCCGCACCGGUCUCUUCCCGGGAAGCUUCGUAGAGAGCUUCUGAGGACACACUCUCCACACCCCACUCCCCAGGCAUGAAGGCUCCCUGGGAUCCCCAGGGCACAACAAGGGAAGUCAAGGCUGUCCUGAGGGUCCCAGGUCCCUUUCAAGGCUCCUGACAUGGCCACCCUGGAUGGGGGUGGGAGCCCAUAACCCCCAACCAAGAGCACACCCUGGGGUUGUUCUCUGACAAAAUGCUUCCCUCUGCGUAAACUGUAAAGAAAUAUCUUUGAAAAGAGAAGCUGCUGAUGCGGGUUGAUUUGCUCUGUGACUUACUGCUAAGCUGCAGCAUUCUUGUUUGCUGCCUAUGCAAGGCCGAAAGCUGCAGAAGGGCUGUGGGGGUUGGGCGGUGGGCAUGGCGCCCAGGGCGUUUGAAGAUUGUCUUUAUGGGUUGCCCUGGGCUUCUUGGGGGGGGGGGGUCCAGAUUGCUCCAUCACCUCUCUAUAUACCUCAGUCACCUGCCACCUGGCCACUCAGCAAGGGUGUUCCUGGCCCAGGGCCUUUGCUGGGUCCCCAGAGUCCCUGGGGAAGCCCAGCAUGCAGCUCCUGUUGGAGGCGCAAGAUCGCACUUGGCUUUGUUUCCUGCCCAUCGUAUUAUAAGCCACAUGUUUCGUUUUGCCGCCACUGUCCCUUUGCAUUGCUUCUUUCUUACAACAUCUUUUUAAAGUAAAGCUGUUAGACUUUCUAUAUUUCUAAUAGGUCAUACAUUGCCUAUUUUUCAUACAUCUGGUGCUGCCUUUUUGUAAAACCAAUAAUGACUUGGUUGAGCUUGAAAGAAAAAAUGUCUGAGAUGAUAAUCAAGUGGGCAGAAUUUUUAUAUGUACCAUGUGAAUUUUGGAAAACUGAAAAGUCCACGCACUCAAUAUCAGUGUUGGCUACUAUUCUGUGGAUAAGAGGGAAUCCAUUUAAGUGGUUGGAGGGAGUUUAGAAAAAGCCAAUUUCUUUAAACCUUUACCAAAGCCCCAUGCUAUGUCUAGACAGUGGUAAUUAUUAUUCAAGAACUGGAAGCAUUUCAAGUAAGGGUCACUAUAAUUGCCUUUUGUGUGGCAGUAAAAAGAACAUGAAGGUCAACCCCAGCCUAGGAAGGCAGAAUUUUUCUUUUAUUGCUUUAGAGAAAAUGACUACAAUUAGCAUUAUCAAAGUAUGAUUUCUCACUACUGAAAUGUGUAGUUUUUAACCACAAUUCAGAUUUCCCACCCUAUGAUGGGUUUGUCUUUUUUUUUUUUUUUAAUAAAUGUGUCCCUAUCAGGCAGUACAAAUAUUGGUCUAGAGACUGGAAGUACAAUGAGGAGAACAAGGGAUUUGAGGCAUUGCUGCAGAUUUGAAGAAUUCAAGGGAGCUGGGAGAAGAGACAGGAUGAAGAAUACCUUUGAUCCUGGGACCUUGCCCUGGGUGGAGUCCAUUGAGGCCUCUUCAUGAGCCCAGCAGCCCAGACCUGCCAUAGAAACAGACUGGAGAAGUCCUGUCAUGCAGGCAGUCUUGUUCUCAAGAGAUUCACACCUUAAGAAUACAUUCUUGUCAGUUCAGAGUCACAAUUCAUAAACUCCCUCUCUCUUUAUUUUUAUAAAGCGACUCAAGUUUAAAUUAGGCUGACUAAAUUAGCCUUUGGUAACAUAGGAUCUCCCUGGUUUUCAAGGAUGCAACAAAAUCCAGAAACACAUUCCCUUGCCUGGUGGAAUGCCUUUGAAAUAAAAAACACUUAUUUUCAGAGCUCCUAUUUGGGGAUGUGACUUGGCUAUUUGUUACUGCCAGGUGGCUACCAUGACGGUGGGAUCACACCUAGACAAAAGCUCUUCUCCUCUCUCCAGAUAAUCAUAGAUUUAAUAGACUUGAGAAAUUUGUUCUGAAUCAAAGAAAGAUGAAAUCCAACUUAAACCCAGGGAGCCCUACAUGAGUUAAUGACAACCAGAAGGUAUCCAUUUGCCAUUGGUGCCAAAUUAGUUGUCUGCCAUGCACAAAAAUCAUGUGCUUGUUUAAAAUCAUGCCAUCACCAAAAAUGUGCAUGGAUUAACACACUGAGGGAGACACGUGUUCCUCAGUGAGACCAGAACUAACUCACAUCCCCAGAUAAUAAGGAAAGCGUUUUUAUUUUUUUUUUUUAACGAAGGCAGUUACCAAGCAACAGAAUAGACUAACUUGGACCUUCUUUCCUCUCUCAGCCACCACCCACACAAUGCUCGUGGUAGGUAGGAAUUGAUAAACAGCCUAGUGACUGUGGGUGAGGCAGCCCCCCACCAGGGCCCAGCACCCCUCACAACAGAGAGCUGGGCGAGUAUCCAGUGCCUUUGCAAGGCAUCAACUGGACCUUCUUGUGUCAGAGUUGGGUCAGGUAUUGGUAUGACUUUGGGAAGGAAGGGAUGCCAUAGGCCAGCCAUCACCAGGACAUCCUUUCGGGUGGGGCUCCCAGAGAGCAGGGAAGUACACAACCAGCCCUGGUGCUUUGGGCUGUUUUCAAACAUAUUCAGCCAAAUCCAUCAGCCUUCAUGACCAUUUGGCCCACAGACAAGGGCAAGAGCAGAAUUAGACCCUUUGGGAUAUCUUGCCCUAAUGGACAAACUCAUUUUGGCUACUAAGAUGAAACCAACACCUUACCUGAACCCUCACUGUCUACCCUGGCCCAGCAACUUACACAUCUUGGUUAUCAGUGGCAUUUGGCAGCCAAGGUGACUUGCUUUGAGGAAUGCAGUAGAGUUCAUAGGCACCAUUGAGCAAGGUCAGUGGAUGAGGACAACUGGUCCACCAAAGGGCCACAGAAGCAGAGUGGGGAGACAGUGGGCAGGCACUUCCCUGGCAGCCUCAUUAUGAAUUCCAGACUCUGGCACCCCAAACAAGCUCAGCUUCCUGGCUGAGAAGUUCUUUGUACUUUGCACAGUUCACACACACACACACACACACACACACACCAAUGUUUUUGUUACAAAUGUCAGUGUGUGAUUUUGGAUGAAUUUGACAGUGAUGACAAACUAUGAUACCUGUGUUUCUGAGUCUUUAAAUAAAAAUGAACAUGGAGAGGU